AUGCCAGAUCGCAAUACACUCUCUACUAUGAGAAAAAAGCCAAAUGAAAGCUUUAGAGAGUAUGCUAUCAAAUGGAGGGAACAAGAAGCCCGGGUCAAACCACCUUUAGAUGAGCAAGAAUUGGUUGAUAUCUUCAUAGAGGCUCAAGAUCCUAACUAUUUCCACCACCUGACAGCCGCAAUGGGAAGACCGUUUCACACAGCAAUCAAAAUUGGAGAAAUAGUCGAAAGUGGCCUCAAAACAGGAAGGAUCGUGAGCCAGGCAGCAAUCAAAGACCACACAGUAUCUCCAUCUCCAUACACGGUUUUCAAUGCUCAGUCAUAUGUGCAUUCUCCUAAUCGCCCACAUUUUCGGGCCUUAACUCAAGGAAACCUUCGCCCACAACGACCACCCUAUCAGGUCCCUUACAACCCUCUUCCUAUGCAACAUUAUGCUCAAGAGCAGGGACAGAAAAGGAAAUUCCCUCCAUUGGGAGAGUCAUACUCCAGCUUGUUUCAAAAGUUAAGAAAGAUAAGAGUGAUUGGGUCUAUCUCACCACAUCGUCUGAAUCCAACUUCUCUAGGUUUCCAAGCCAAUGAAAGAUGUAAGUAUCAUUCAAGGGCCCUAGGACACAACACUGAUAAUUGUUGGACCUUGAAGGGGGCGAUAGAUAAGCUAAUCGAUCAUCGAGUGGUCGUUGUGACAGAUGAUCAAAACACUCCCAAUGUGACUAAUAACCCACUUCUAGCUCAAAACAAUUUAGUGGGUAUGAUCUGCGAUGAUCAAGAGUACAAACUCCUUGGCAAAAUGGGAAAGUUGUUUAGGAAGAUCGAAGAGGAAAACAAUUCGAUAAAGAUUUUAGAACCAGUUGCAUCUUUGAGUGUGGAAGGUGUCAACCUUGAUACCAAAGUUUUGUGUGUCUCGGGGGUUUCGAAGGGGAUUGAAGUUCGAGCAACUGAUUCAAAGGCUGUCCCUUGGAACUAUAACAAAAUCGCUGUGGUUUACCGAGGAAAGGAGAUUUUUGAAGAGGUUGAUGAAACAGGAAGGUUGACACGCUCUGGAAGAUGUUAUUCUCCAGAAGAAUUAAGAAAAGGAAAGAUGACUCAAAACAUCCAAGUACCACCGAAGAAAGCAGUUACUGAGGAAGAAGCAGAAGAAUUUCUAAAAAAGAUUAAGGUUCCAGAUUACUCUGUUGUGGAACAAUUGAAGAAAACCCCGGCACAGAUUUCUUUGUUAUCUCUACUCUUGCACUCAAAAGAACAUCGUCGUGUGUUGAAUAAGAUUUUGAAUGAAGCACAUGGAGAUGGACACAACAGAGCAUUGCUUCUUACUGUGAAAUGUGAAGGGUACUAUGUAAAGAGGGUCAUGAUAGAUGGGGGAUCCAGGGUAGACAUAUGUCCUCUCUCUACGCUGCAAAACUUGAAAAUUAGCCUUAACAGAAGUCGCCCCAGUAAUAUAUUUGUUCGAGCUUAUGACGGCUCAAGGUGGGAUACCAUUGGUGAAAUCAAGUUAAACAUGACAAUUGGACCGGUGGACUUUAUGAUUGUGUUCCAAGUAAUGGACAUGGACACAUCUUAUAAUUUUCUAUUGGGAAGGCCAUGGAUCCACAUGGCUCGGGCAGUCCCAUCAACUCUACACCAAGUUGUUAAGUUUGAACACAACCAUCAGGAAAUCAUUGUGCAUGGGGAAGAUGAUUUACCUAUUUACAUAGAUCCCUCUAUUCCAUACAUUGAGGCAAAAGAAGGAUGUGAAUCCAUUAUUUAUCAGUCUUUUGAGGCCGUAUCAGUCGAUCGCUUUAGAGAAGUUGACCCCACUAUCCAACCAUGUCUCUCUUCUUCCUAUUCAAUGAUAGGAACGACAAUGCUCAAAUAUGGUUGUCAACCUGGUAUAGGUUUGGGACUAUGUUCGCAAGGAAUUGUGGAUCUCAUUACUCUUUUAGGGAACCAAGGCACCUCUGGCCUCAGGUACAAACAAAUCAAGAGAAAUGGAGAUGAGACUAAGAACCACAAAAGGACUGAUUAG